UUGGUGUUCUCUGUGAACUUUACAUCAAAAUUUUGAUAGGACAUAGGUUAUGGUGGUGGGAAAGAUAAAAGAACAGAAGGGGUGUGGGAGGAGAGGGGAAACAUGGGUGGGACAAGGGCAGUAGCAGCAUGCCACACAGUGUCCAUUCUCCAUGUUAAGCCUUUGAACUAUGAAUUUCAUGGUGUUCCAGCUGAAGAACGGUUGCAUUGGAGGUCUUUUUUAGUUAAGCUUGGAGCAGAUAACUUGAAAGGUGCUAAGAAUGAAGACCUCUUUGUGGCUUCACACAAAUCUGUUUAUAUUGUUUAUGCUGUGCUCGGGGAUGUCUGCGUUUAUGUUGUCGGCAAGGAUGAGUAUGAUGAACUUGCAUUGGCAGAGGUCAUAUUUGCCAUAAUAUCAUCAGUUAAGGAUGUUUGUGGUAAGCCACCCACCGAGCGUAUAUUCCUAGACAAGUAUGGAAAGAUCUGCCUAUGCCUAGAUGAAAUUGUUUGGAAGGGGAUGCUUGAAAACACAGACAAGGAUAGAGUGAGAAGGCUGAUAAGAUUGAAGCCCCCUACUGAGAUUUAAGACAGACAAUAGGCUGUGUUCUGAUCUUGUAUGACCACAAAUGUGCUUGCAGUUCUAUAGUGUAACUUUACAAUUUUCAGCUGAGAAGAAAACAAUGUUUUACCCCACACACUCUUCCCCCACUUCAUUUUUUGGGUAAUUACUCCUCCCCCACUCCCCACUGGGUGUUUGAGGUUGAUUCUAAGUGCUUCAUCAUUUUUCAGUUUUUCCCGGUUUCAUUUUCUCAUUCUAGACAUUGCUGAACUAUAAAUUAUGGAAAUGUAUGCAAAAAGACCAUUGGCACAAGGAGAUCACAUUCUUUAUUGACCACCAGACGUGAAACCAAGUGGUUGGGGAUGUGUCAUUGAGUCGGUACAAAGUUCAAAAUAGAAUUUAUUAAUUA